AUGGUAGAUGAUGGCUCGGGGGUGUCACGAUUAGCUGCCGUCAAUAGUUGCCCCGGCUUUUGUGGUCGUCAGGCAACCACUUCGUCAUCUGGGAAUGUUACUUAUUCCAGUUGUCAGGCUUGUAGCUGGGGUCAUCGAAGUGUCGAGAAGUUCUUAUGCUCUUCAUGUGAUGAUCUCUUACCUCUUUAUGAUUGGCUUUAUCUCCUUUUCAUUGCUCUGGUUCCCUUGUUGUUGAAUUCGUUCUUCGUCCAGUUGUAUGCUGCUCCGAAAAGUGCAUGGCAGCACUUAUUUCUGCAGCAUUUAUGUUGCUUGUUGGAGUGCGCCUUAUCCGCCCUAUUGUCUCUUCUUCUGAUGCCACCACGUGGUACUCCGAUUCUUUACGGUUGCACUAAGAAUUCGCUACGCGAUUGGUAUCCGGUAUUUUACAAUCCUAUCGUUAAUCACACCCAUAUUUUGCGAUGUACACAGGAAAUAGUCUUUCCACUAUAUUCAUUGCCUUUCAUUUAUUUGGCAUUCUGUUUGAUGUGUUUGAUUAUUUUUCGCUCAAUACUUUAUUUAACAGUAUUCAGAAAUAGCUGUAUCUCCACUGACCCGUACUAUGCUACACUUUUUACUAUCCCACUUAUAGCCCUCUUUCAUUCACUUUUUGCAGGUCUACUCUACUAUAGCUUUGGUUAUGUAGCGUUGGUAUGCAGCCUGGGUUUGAAUGCACUCCAUAUGGCACUUGAACGAGAAAAGUCGAUAUAUAAACUAUACUGCGAAAUGAUACACAAACCGCGUAAUCUCUUUAUCCUUAUCAUUCAUAUGGCUCUUUUUGGCUUCUCCAUCUUAACGUUAACUCUGGAUCGUGUAACAGCUAGUGGAACACUUUCAUCCUUGUUUGCAAUACUUCUUGUACCAUUACCCUCGCUGUUCUACCUUCUUACUGUUGGCAUUACUGAUCCAGAACAUGUACAUAGCGCUUUUUAGUACUAUAUUUAUUAUAUCCUUUAUCGGUAGUGCAAAGACUUUUCCCAGUCAAAUCUAUUUAUAAAAAUUUUUCCUCGCCUAUAACAUCGCUUUCAGUCGAAUGAAAUUUAAGGAUUUGUUUAUCGAAAUACUACUUAUGUGUCUCACCAUUACCAUCUAUUUGGAGAAGAAUUAGGUCGAAAUCGCUAUUUACAAGAUUUCUGUUCUUACUAGAAAUAUGAUACAUCAUUCUGUUAGUUCACGGGCUUUCUUCCUUUGCUAAGGAACGUCGAUUUGUCCGUCUAAGUUACAAAUGCUGUAAGAGUUAUUAUGACUUCAUAUUUACACUGCUCGGGUUUUUCUUUUUUAUAUUUGGCACUUCUCGCUGUUAUGAGCAGUGAAGAUUAAUGUAAACUUGAACAAGAGUUGAUCUCUUAGUGUAUACGUGACAGUUCUGACGUUCUGAAAAUGUGAACGUCAGAAUAUUUUGCAAAAAAAGGCUUCCAUGUUUGUUUUGAAUCGAAGACUUUUUUUGCAGAGAUUAUACUCGCAUGCUCUCAUUGAGGAUAUAUUUUGGCCUAAUUUUAGAUAGGGUAAAAAAACAGAUUGUGCUCUUUCGUCC